GCCUCCACACCGCGCUCAGUGCGGCCAGAGCGUGAGCCGCGACCUCCGCACAGGUGGUCGCGCCGGUCUCCGCGGAAAUGUUGUCCAAAGUUCUUCCAGUCCUCCUAGGCAUCUUACUGAUCCUCCAGUCGAGGGUCGAGGGACCUCAGACUGAAUCAAAGAAUGAAGCCUCUUCCCGUGAUGUUGUCUAUGGCCCCCAGCCCCAGCCUCUGGAAAAUCAGCUCCUCUCUGAGGAAACAAAGUCAACUGAGACUGAGACUGGGCGCAGAGUUGGCAAACUGCCAGAAGCCUCUCGCAUCCUGAACACUAUCCUGAGUAAUUAUGACCACAAACUGCGCCCUGGCAUUGGAGAGAAGCCCACUGUGGUCACUGUUGAGAUCUCCGUCAACAGCCUUGGUCCUCUCUCUAUCCUAGACAUGGAAUACACCAUUGACAUCAUCUUCUCCCAGACCUGGUACGACGAACGCCUCUCUUACAACGACACCUUUGAGUCUCUUGUUCUGAAUGGCAAUGUGGUGAGCCAGCUAUGGAUCCCGGACACCUUUUUUAGGAAUUCUAAGAGGACCCACGAGCAUGAGAUCACCAUGCCCAACCAGAUGGUCCGCAUCUACAAGGAUGGCAAGGUGUUGUACACAAUUAGGAUGACCAUUGAUGCUGGAUGCUCACUCCACAUGCUCAGAUUUCCAAUGGAUUCUCACUCUUGCCCUCUAUCUUUCUCUAGCUUUUCCUAUCCUGAGAAUGAGAUGAUCUACAAGUGGGAAAAUUUCAAGCUUGAAAUCAAUGAGAAGAACUCCUGGAAGCUCUUCCAGUUUGAUUUUACAGGAGUGAGCAACAAAACUGAAAUAAUCACAACCCCAGUUGGUGACUUCAUGGUCAUGACGAUUUUCUUCAAUGUGAGCAGGCGGUUUGGCUAUGUUGCCUUUCAAAACUAUGUCCCUUCUUCCGUGACCACGAUGCUCUCCUGGGUUUCCUUUUGGAUCAAGACAGAGUCUGCUCCAGCCCGGACCUCUCUAGGGAUCACCUCUGUUCUGACCAUGACCACGUUGGGCACCUUUUCUCGUAAGAAUUUCCCGCGUGUCUCCUAUAUCACAGCCUUGGAUUUCUAUAUCGCCAUCUGCUUCGUCUUCUGCUUCUGCGCUCUGUUGGAGUUCGCUGUGCUCAACUUCCUGAUCUACAACCAGACAAAAGCCCAUGCUUCUCCGAAACUCCGCCAUCCUCGUAUCAAUAGCCGUGCCCAUGCCCGUACCCGUGCACGUUCCCGAGCCUGUGCCCGCCAACAUCAGGAAGCUUUUGUGUGCCAGAUUGUCACCACUGAGGGAAGUGAUGGAGAGGAGCGCCCGUCUUGCUCAGCCCAGCAGCCCCCUAGCCCAGGUAGCCCUGAGGGUCCCCGCAGCCUCUGCUCCAAGCUGGCCUGCUGUGAGUGGUGCAAGGGUUUUAAGAAGUACUUCUGCAUGGUCCCCGAUUGUGAGGGCAGUACCUGGCAGCAGGGCCGCCUCUGCAUCCAUGUCUACCGCCUGGAUAACUACUCGAGAGUUGUUUUCCCAGUGACUUUCUUCUUCUUCAAUGUGCUCUACUGGCUUGUUUGCCUUAACUUGUAGGUACCAGCUGGUACCCUGUGGGGCAACCUCUCCAGUUCCCCAGGAGGUCCAAGCCCCUUGCCAAGGGAGUUGGGGGAAAGCAGCAGCAGUAGCAGGAGCGACUAGAGUUUUUUCUGCCCCAUUCCCCAAACAGAAGUUUGCAGAGUGUUUGUCUUUGCUGCCCCUCUCCCCGACCUGGCCCAUUCACUGAGUCUUCUUAGAAGACCAUUUCAAAUUAUGAAUAAAUGGGCCACCUUCCUCUUCUUCAAGGAGCAUCCGUGAUGCUCAGUGUUAAAAACCACAGCCACUUAGUGAUCAGCUCCCUAAAACCAUGCCUAAGUGCAGGCGGAUUAGCUAUCUUCCAACAAUGCUGACAACCAGACAAUUACUGCAUUUUUCCAGAAGCCCACUAUUGCCUUUGUAGUGCUUUCGGCCCAGUUCUGGCCUCAGCCUCAAAGUGCACCGACUAGUUGCUUGCCUAUACCUGGCACCUCAUUAAGAUGCUGGGCAGCAGUAUAACAGGAGGAAGAGAUCCCUCUCCUUUGGUCAGAUUAUUAUGUUCUCAGUUCUCUCUCCCUGCUACCCGUUUCCCUGCAGAUAGAUAGACACUGGCAUUAUCCCUUUAGGAAGAGGGGGGGCAGCAAGAGAGCCUAUUUGGGACAGCAUUCCUCUCUGUCUGCUGCUGUGACAUCUCCCUCUCCUUGCUGGCUCCAUGUUUCGUCUGCACUACCAAUUCAAUGCCCUUCAUCCAAUGGGUAUCUAUUUUUGUGUGUGAUUAUAGUAACUACUCCCUGCUUUAUAUGCCACCCUCUUCCUUCUCUUUGACCCCUGUGACUUUUUCUGUAACUUUCCCAGUGACUUCCCCUAGCCCUGACCCAGGCACUAGGCCUUGGUGACUUCCUGGGGCCAAGAAACUAAGGAAACUCGGCUUUGCAACAGGCAUUACUCGCCAUUGAUUGGUGCCCACCCAGGGCACACCGUCGGAGUUCUAUCACUUGCUUGACCCCUGGACCCAUAAACCAGUCCACUGUUAUACCCGGGGCACUCUAACCAUCACAAUCAAUCAAUCAAAUUCCCUUAAAUUUGUAUGGCACUGGAACUUUGGCAAAGCACUUUUGACAAGUUGUGUCUGAUUGGAGCUUCAUGAUAGCCCUGUGACAUCUUUAGGGCAGGAUUCUUAUCCCCAUUUUGCAGAUGGAAACCCUGAGGCACAGAUUUCUGUGGGACUGUGGAUCUCACUGGAAGCUAUCCAAGAGCCCACUUUCACCUUCUAGACCACAUGAUAGGGCUAGGCAGCUCAGUUCACCAUGAUUCUCUUCUGUCACCUCUGCUGACACACCAGUGGCAGGGCCCAGAAUGGCGACCUCUCUUUAGCUCAAUUUCUGGGCCUGAGGUGCUCAGACUGCCCCCAAGAUCAAAUCUCUCCUGGCUGUAGUAACCCAGUGGAAUGAAUUUGGACAUGCCCCAAUGCUUCUAUAUGCUAAGUGAAAUCUGUGUCUGUAAUUUGUUGGGGGGUGGAUAGGGUGGGGUCUCCAUUUACUUUUUGUCACCAUCAUCUGAAAUGGGGAAAUAUGUAAAUAAAUAUAUCAGCAAAGCA